UGGUAGAGCUGGCAGUGUGGGUGAGUGUUGGGUCUAGGGCAGAGCAGCUCAUCACCACCACCUUGAACGCUCCAUCCCAGGCGACCUCAACCAGUUGCUAGUUCCGCUACAUCACCAUGCUUCACUCAGCGCAGGUUGUGUGUGUGGCGGCCAUAUUGAGCAGCGCGGUGCUAGCAACACCCACUCUGGACACCCUGUCAUCGCCCACAGACGGGUUCCUGAGUGUUGAGUCUGGCUUCAUGGCUGAAGGUAGACCAGAAAGCAAUGGAGAUAUGACUUCUCCCGAUACACAAAUUUCCUCUCAUCCAUUUACGUCCACACAGCAAGGAUCAGAGGAUCUUCCAAAGAAAGUCAUAGAGGCAACACAUGUAGGGGAGACCCCAAAACUUACAGCAAAAGAUGCGCUAGCAUCAACGGGAGUAAAUAGUGCAGAAAUUACGACAACUACAGAUGCAGCUGCUGAAACGAUGCUUCCACAAAAUAAUGACACAAUGUUAACAGAUUCGGAAAUAACUAAUGAUAACACUCCUGAACAAAACAGUGCAGAGACUAGAACAAUUAUAGACUUCGAUGAUGAGAGACCACUUUCAGAGAACUCUGCGGAAGAAAUGUAUCACCCACUUACAGUUGACGCGGCCUACUUCAGGAAAAUUUUCAGCCAACCGGAAAAUGCUUCUGAAGCAGAAACUGGAAACAAUUCUGGGACGCCAUUCAAUAAUGUCGCAGCACUAGUGUCUCACCAAAAUGAUAACAGUGUUCCAAAUUCUGAAAGUGCAAGCUCAGUUGUUGAUAUCCUAAGAAGUUCUUUGAGAAAUGCUGAGAAUCAGAGCAUUCAUGAAGAUCCCGUCAUAGAAGAAGCUAAACUUCAUUAUAUAUCUGUUUGGAAUAAGGAAGCUGUUCGACUAAAUGCUUCCUAUUUAAAAGUGACAAAUGCAUGGCCAGAGAUUGGAAUGGUUUACAUGCCCUUAGUAAAUCAGAUGUCUGACCGGAUUCAGAAUUCUGAGCCAGUUAAGCAGGCAGCCCAAAAGUUCAAGGCUGUAUGGAAGACGAAUGACCCUCAAGGGACCCCCACCUCUUCAAAUCAACCAGUUCUCGGUGUCCUCAAUAACUUCAUGAAUGCUUGGACUUGGGUGGUAGAUGAAAAUGAUGGAACCAGUGAUAGUGCUCACAUGGCCCAAGACAUAAAAGAAAUCGAUAGUAUCUUGGAUAAUUUAUUUAAAUCUAAUAACUUGGCUUCUGAAUCAGAAAUAUCUAGAGUCAUCGUUGACAACCCUGUUUUAGUACAGGAUGCUGAUGAAAAAAUCAACAUUUCUUUCCCUAUAAACAACACGGACGGUCUUAAACCUACAGCAUUUCUAAACCUACCACCUGCACCCAUAGCAUCAGAUGAUGGCACAGCUUCGAUCACAUCAGCUCCGGUAUCACUAAGAAACUACCUUAGACCUGGGACUGUAGGCCAAACUCCUUGUACUGACGCUCAUGGACAUGGAGGCCAUAACCCUUCUAUUCCCACUGCUGGACACAAUGAGGAUUCUGGUUCUAUCAACCCCAUUGCAGUUAUAAGACCAAUCAUACUCCCCAGUCCGGUCCCGAGACCUGCGUAUUCAUACCAAAGAAAUCCUUUUCUUGGACCAUCUGAAAGUCAGACUGGAUAUCCAAAACGAGUUGAAAAUCUCAAUGAAUUUAAAAGGCCCACUAGUGUAAUAAGACCAGUUAGUCAUAAUGGAGAAAUCCAAGAACAUUCACCAGUUCCACUCCAAGAAAUACCUAGGAUUCGGAGACCUGUCAGUUGGCCUUCAUACGGGUCCAGCAUCUAUUCCUAUGAAAUGAUAGAUGACAAAUAUUCCCAUGAGUCGACAGAUGAGUCAGAUUCAUAUGAAUCAUAUGUGGGAGACAUGUUCCCACUGCCUUUGUAUCUAUUACGCUGAACCUAAGUAAUGUCACUCAUGCAUUGUUCAUAACUUUUCAAAUAUCUCUCUUGAUAGCUGUAAAAGCCUCAUAUUUUGUACCCAUCUUCACAUAUUAUUAUUAUUAUAUCCACGGGAAGAGCAAAACCUGUGAGAGUAAUACAAUGCCUUGGCAGUGUGAGGUAAUAAGAUUCGAUCUACAAAAGAGGGGUAGCUCCAAUUCCUUUGGUUAAGAGAUGGUCACUUUCAUCAAAUAAUCCCAGCUGAAAUGCCGAGCACUGUAGAAGGCUGUCCAGUCCUGUAGAAGGCUGCCCAGUACUGUAGAAGGCUGCCCAGCAGUGUAAUAGGAUGCCCAGCACUAUCACAGGAUACCCAGCACUCAGGGAAGGCUCCAGAAUUUCUAUUCUGGAGGGCUUAGGGGUGGCUGUCUGGUUGAAAGGAGAGGGUACUGUUUACAUAACUAAUAUUCUGUUUUUACUUAGAGUGUAUAUUACAGGUCAAUAAAAAAAGGCAGCACCGUU